CGUGUUUCAGUGGUUGUUAUAAUUCCUAUUUUUAAAUCCUCAUCCUCCCGCCUCGUUUAUCUUUCACUAGUUUUCGGGUCAAAUUAGAAAGAAAGAAAAAAAACACCCCUGCAUUAUACUGCUAUCACUAGGAACUAUAGCUAUUGGCACAUCAGCAUGUCACGGAAAGCAUUGGACUAUGACCAGAUUAAUGAAAAUAUAAAGAAGGCACAGUAUGCUGUCAGGGGUGAGCUCUAUCUUCGUGCUUCUGAGCUUCAGAAAGAAGGCAAGAAGAUCAUCUUCACAAAUGUCGGCAAUCCUCAUGCUUUAGGACAGAAGCCUCUAACAUUUCCUCGCCAGGUGGUUGCUCUUUGCCAGGCCCCUUUUCUUCUUGAUGAUCCAAAUGUAGGACUUGUGUUUCCUGCUGAUGCAAUUGCAAAAGCUAAAUUAUACCUCUCAUACACAUCCGGGGGUCUAGGCGCUUAUAGUGACUCACGUGGUCUUCCUGGAAUACGGAAAGAAGUGGCUGAGUUUAUUCAGAGGCGAGAUGGAUAUCCAAGUGAUCCAGAACUAAUAUAUUUAACCGAUGGUGCAAGUAAAGGAGUAAUGCAGAUACUGCAAACCAUCAUCCGUGGUCAAGGAGAUGGGAUUCUAGUUCCCGUUCCUCAGUAUCCACUAUAUUCGGCUGCUAUUUCUGUAUUCGGGGGCUCUCUUGUUCCAUACUACCUAGAAGAAACUGCGAAUUGGGGUCUAGAUAUUAACAACCUUCGCCAGUCUGUUUCAGAGGCACGCUUUAAAGGAAUAACUGUAAGGGCAAUGGUGAUUAUAAACCCUGGAAACCCGACAGGACAGUGUCUUAGUAUCCAGAACUUGAAGGAAAUAUUGCAAUUUUGUUACAAAGAGAAUUUAGUCUUGCUUGGGGAUGAAGUUUAUCAGCAGAAUGUUUACCAGGAUGAACGGCCAUUUUUAAGUUCAAAAAAGGUUUUGAUGGACAUGGGUCCACCGAUUAGCAAGGAGCUCCAGCUUGUUUCAUUUCACACAGUGUCAAAAGGAUUUUAUGGUGAAUGUGGGCAACGAGGAGGUUACUUUGAGAUGACCAACAUCCCUCCUCAGACAGUUGAUGAAAUAUACAAGGUUGCAUCAAUAUCACUCAGUCCAAAUAUUCCUGGACAGAUUUUCAUGGGAGUAAUGGUCAGCCCCCCUAAACCCGGUGAUAUCUCAUAUGAGAGGUUUCUUAGAGAAAGUAAGGGAAUCCUUGAAUCACUAAGGAAAAGAGCACAUAUAAUGACCGAUGGAUUCAAUAGCUGCAAAAAUGUUGUUUGUAACUUCACAGAAGGUGCCAUGUACUCGUUUCCUCAAAUACAGUUACCUCCUAAAGCAAUUGAAGCUGCUAAAUCCGCUGGCAAAGUUCCCGAUGUUUUCUAUUGCCUUAAGCUCUUGGAAGCCACAGGCAUUUCCACAGUUCCUGGUUCCGGGUUUGGCCAAAAGGAAGGUGUUUUCCACUUAAGGACAACCAUCUUGCCAGCUGAAGAAGACAUGCCUGCAAUCAUGGACAGUUUCAAGAAUUUCAACGAUGCAUUCAUGUCGCAAUAUGAAGAUCGUGGAGGCUAUUCAAGAAUGUAAAGUUAUGUUUGUAUAUCCGCCACCAUAUAUACAUACAUGUAUAAUCAUACAAGUUACCUAUGUUUAUUUUUAAUGAAACCAACACCUAUAUGGUUGUGUA